AUGACCGACUCGGCGAUACAUCUAUUCCCGCCGCCCAUCGACAUCUCCUUCGACGACGAGGCGCUACCAGAAUGCAGUGCCAACCUUAUGCCGUUUAGCAUUGCUUACGAUGGGCCCGCACCCAUCGAUUCGUUUCUCGUGCACCGAGCUGCUCCUAAGACUUCAACUGACGCUUCUACUUGUGCCAGUGCUGUGAAGGGUGAAGAAAGCGACAGCUUCAUCUCAGCAUUCAGAGGACGAGCGAUUCAGUCGACACCGUUGCCGCUUCCGGCUGGCUUCGUAGCAAAGGUCGUGCAAGUGUCGCAGGCUGUGUCUGUUGGAUCUAUUGACACUGAUGCAAAUGGUGCGAGCACGGGUGAUGGUUCGAUUUUGGAUCAAAGGCAGACAAGAGAAGCAGGGGAUGCAGAAAGGCAGAAGGAAAGGGCAAGAGCUAACAAACGGAGAAGGAUAGCUAAACAGCCUGCUCCGGUUCUGCAAAAGUUCUCCAUGGACAGUGAUGACGAUGAUGAGCAAGACCAACAUAGCGACUCCGCUGCCUCUGAUGACGACUGGGAGGAUACGAAUGAAGCGACAGAGUCGAUGCACGACGCUUCGCCACCAUCAGAGACUAUUGGGCCAUCGCAGCAACUCGUCGACAAUAAAGCCCAGAUCCCCGGACCAACAGUACACAUUCAUCCCAUCGCCCAAGUGCAAUCGAACCACCUCACCAUAUGGGGUCCAGACGGUCCCAUAGAUAAAGGAGACGACCCAUUCUUUCGAACCGUAGGAGAGUGGUACUCGGUUGUUGCGCCUUUGUUACACGCCUGA